AUGAUGGUUGAGGUGAUGUGGCAUGAGUUGAUAGUUCGGCGUCCCUCCAGCUCCACAGGCCGGACCGCAAGUCCCCCAAGCAGGACCUUCGAGCCAGGUGACAAAAGGUACCCCUGUCGCCAACCAGAGACCUUCGUCAACCACCUCGACUCCAUAUUCUACCCCGAUGACGUCCACACCGUACUGUACGCCAGGACAGGGGACUGGGGCAACUGGCGGAUUGGCAGCUCAGUUGGAUCGGGACACAACACCAACGGCAGCUCCGGCAGCAGCUCCAUUGGCAGCAUCGACAGCAGCUCAUUCGGCAGCAGCUCCGACAGCAGGUCCAUCAGCAGCUCCUACAGUAGCCUUAGCAGCAGCUCCUACAGUAGCCUCAGCAGCAGCUCCUACAGUAGCCUCAGCAGCAGCUCCUACAGUAGCCUCAGCAGCAGCUCCUACAGUAGCCUCAGCAGCAGCUCAAUCGACAACUCCUUCAGCAGCUCCAUCGGCAGCAGCUCUACCAGCAGCUCCAUUAGCACCACCACCAGCAGCUCCAUUAGCACCACCAGCAGCAGCUCCAUUGGCCACAGCAACAACCUCAGCAGCACCGGUGACCAUGAAUGUGGCGACACAAACCCUUACAGCAGCAUCAGCAGCAGCAACAGCAACGACGAUUCCAACUACAGCAACAGCGCCGUCAGCAGCAACAGCCCCGACAGCAGCGGCUGCCCCGUCUACAGCUGCAGCAGCAGCACCAACAGCCACAUCCCCGACAGCAGCAGCACCAUCCCCGUCUACAUGUGCAGCAGCAACAGCACCGUCUACAGCGGCAGCAGCACCGACAGCAACAGCCCCGUCAGCAGCAGCAGCAGCUCCGACGGCAGCAGCACCGACAGCAGCAGCACAACCACCACCGACAGCAGCAAGAAACACCAUACGAGGAGCUGCUACGUCAUUUCGAUGAGGAGAAGAGGACUUCGACAAGGGCCGAAUACGGAAGCCAGCCGGCGUCAUCCAGGUUGCAUUGGGAGGAGGAGUGACCAGAGAGGGAAAGAGUACAGAAGCCGGCCAGUGUCGUCCAGGUGGGAGGAGGAGUGA